AGGAAGCCAGCGGUUUGGACCAAUGGCAGCACGAGACGCAGGUUUAGCGGGGGAUUCGGUUCGUCUGAUCGGACGAUCUGUUCGCGGGAAAUACACCAAACGGCAACAACGGGAGCAAAAAAAGGAGGACCAUCGGCCAACGAUCUGACAAACUUCACGGUUUUAUCAGCAGUUCUUUCAGAUCGCCGUCGGUUGUGGUGUAAAAAUGCUUUUCCGCUCGGUUGUUGACAGAGGAGUGGGCAGACGCAGGAGGAACGCGUUCCCGGCAGAUUCUCAAUCCAGGAUACCUCUGGGCUCCUUACUGCAAGGAUACCAGUGCCUCCGACGGGAUGAGCACAUCUCCUACGGCAACAUGGGCGACUCUGUGCCACCGUUUGGAUUAGCUUUCUCCUCUGGUAAUCCACGUGCAUUUGGGACUCUCCUAAUUGCAGCUGCAGACAUGCAGAACAUCCUGGCGGCAGCGAAUGAAGAGGGCAUCGUUCGGAUCUACAACACCGAGAGCCGUGAAAGCCCUCUUCUUAAAGAGUGGCUGGCCCAUGAAAAUGCAGUAUUCGACAUUGCUUGGGUACCAGGGGAGCCUCAGCUGGUGACAGCUGCAGGUGACCAGACGGCCCGGCUGUGGGACGUUAAGUCAGGGGAGCUGUUGGGCAGCUUUAAAGGCCACCUCUGCAGCCUCAAGUCGGUUGCAUUCACACCAGAAGAGAAAGCUGUGUUCUGCACCGGAGCCAGGGAUGGUAAUAUAAUGGUCUGGGACAUCAGGUGCAGCAAAAGAGACGGUUUUUACAGGCAAGUGAAGCAGAUCAACGGCGCUCACAAUAAAACGGAGACAAACCCCCUCUCCAAAACAAAGAGGAGGCGGAGCAGCAUGCGGGGCAUGGCUCCCAGCGUGGAUUCCCAGCAGAGUGUCACAGUGGUUUUGUUUCAGGACCAGCACACACUCAUCUCCUCGGGGGCCGUUGAUGGAGUGGUCAAGAUGUGGGAUCUGAGGAAGAACUACACUGCGUACCAUCAUGACCCCGUGCCGCUGCAGACCUACCCGUAUGCAGGAUCCUGCACGCGCAUGCGACUGGGUUACUCUGGACUCACUCUGGACUCCAGUAGGUCCAACGUCAUGUGUAACUGCACCGACGACAACAUCUACAUGUUCAACGUCUGCGGAAUAAAAACGGCUCCAGUGGCCGUUUUCAGUGGCCACCAGAACUCCUCAUUUUAUGUCAAGUCCACCAUCAGCCCUGAUGACCAGUUCCUGGCCAGUGGCUCCAGCGACAACAACACCUACAUCUGGAAGAUAUCCGAUCCUCAACAUCCUCCCAUGACACUUCAGGGUCACAGCGAGGAGGUGACAUCCGUCGUCUGGUGUCCCACCGAUUUCACGAAGAUCGCUUCCUGCUCUGAUGAUCACACUGUGCGCAUCUGGCGGCUUCACCGGGAAGCGGAUGGAGCACACUCAUCUGUGGGAGACGCUAACCUAGUAGGCUGGGCACGUCCCAUGUCGCCCCCAAGGCCCUCAGUCAGAGCUGAGACAACCCCUGCCAAGACCCAGAGGACUGAGAGUCUGGGUGGCCUCGCCUCGCCCCAGCUGGCCGCCUGUGCCCCCAGUGGAGCGGCCUUGCCCCUCCCCUCCAGCACCACGUCACCUGUCCACUCUAAAGUUGCCGCUGUCCGUCAGAGGACGCCGUCCUCCAUCAAACAGUGGCUAUCCCCGACCCACGCGUCCCCCGGUCAGGUCACCCCCCCGACCCGCAGAGUGCUGAGCCCCCGUCCUCAGAGCCCGGCGAGCGGCGUCUCUCCCACAGAACGACGGGCCAAACGGAGGCUGGAAACCGGCGAGGGUCCCCCCGCAGGCUGCGAGGGCGCCGAGCAGUGCGGCUGUGUUACCGAACUCCAUCCCGCGGCCAAGAGGAGCCGUCCCCUACCGGGGGCCUGCUGCCACUCCGAGGAGAGCCCGGCACAGACGGACUGUCGUGCCGAUGACGGAAAACAGUCCCCAUCAAAACAGAUGGGAAAGGAGAAUUUCUCUCCCAGAUCAAGGAACUGGUUGUCAGAGAUGAGCCAAAAGAUGAGGAAAGGUCAAGGAAAUUGUAGCACCCCCAGGAGUCCCAGUGCCUGUAAGAGACAAGAAAACAAGGCAGCUGCCUCACUUACUACCCGCUCACCUCAGGCCAUGAAGAAAAUCUCCACGUAUUUUGCUCAAGCACCUCUGGAGUGAAAGACUCUUUAAACAUUGGGCUGCACAGAGAAUGACGCUUUGCUUUUGACCUUAAGACAAUUGUUAUUAUUUUAUUUUAAUUGAAUUCCUGGAAAGUUUCCUCCUACAAGUUUAUGCUUAAAUAUAAAGUUUUUGCUGGGUGAAUCUGCCAUUUUUCCUAAAAUGAUCCACUUGGUAUAUGUUUAAGCUUUCACGUAAGAACUAACAGCUCCCAGUUAACAGACUGCAUAGGACAGUUGCCUGGCUAAAUUAAAAUUUCCAUUUCUUUACAUCACAUAUUUAAGCUCUCAAAUGAAUUUUUGCAUUGCAUAACAUUAAAAAAUGAUCUCUUCAAAGGUCAGCUCUACCAAUUUGCAAGCAAAUGAUUAAUUUCUUGAUGGAGUUUUUUUCACUGGCAUUUUCAUGUAUGGAGUUUGCCUUUUUUGUAAGUGUUACACAUAAAAUAUGUUUAUAAAACUUUUUUUUUUCUCUUGGGCAGAUGCUUGAGAUGUUUGUAUGUACAAAAUAACGCAAAGAAUGUUACUUGCUUGAUUUGUAUUUAACUGACACAUUUGUAGUCAAAUUUUUAUUACAUUUAAAAUGGUCUUUAGUGUGUCUGGUUGUGUUUUUGUCGUGGCUGAAGCUCGGGAGGAAGACGCCUCACGGAUCAUGGAUGGUUUGUGGUUUGACCAGGUGCCAAAGUGUCCCUUAGCAAGACCCUGAACCCCAAAAACUAACCUGACCAUAGCAAUGUAGAUGUAAACUGAUGAAUCCACAUCCAUGUUUCAGGUGCUUUUUUUUUCAACUGAAAAGGUAGACGCAGCACUUUGCAGAUAUAAUGGAACUUAAGCUGAAUUUAAGAGACAUCCACUGAUGUAUGUUAAAAUUCUUCAGAUAUUAAAGG